AUGCGACUGAGAGGAGAAGAAGGGACGGAAGAGAUGGUGGACACGCGGCAGAACAAGAUGGGAGGAAUCGGGAGUGGUGGGAAUCCCGGGACAACGGCUAGACGGCGAAUGAAUGUGGGUGCGGGAAAUCCAAGGAAGGAGUUAAGAGGGGAGAACGGCGGAAUAACUGUCAAGAUCGUAGCAAAUCGGGAGAAAAACGAGGACAGUAACAACGUCAUCAACACGCAGCAAGUGGGAAUAAAAGCGACUGAGCAAGUCACUGUCGGAGGGGAGGGGAAGAAGGACAAGGUGACACGUGGAGAUGCAUGGGGGGAAAAUCUAAGCAUGAAAUACAGGGAAGGGACGCGUGGCGGGGUAAUGUCCGAGGAGAAGCCGAAGAAUCCAAGGAAACAAUCAUGUCCGAUAUCAACAUGGACAGGGAAACGGGAAGAAAAAUGUGGAGGAGUGGGCAGCAAAUGGCGGAACGACAAGUGGCAACCAGGGUCAGCGCUAUUUAAAGGGGACUUGUCAAUUCGGAGGGCUUUAUUUUCGGUAAACGACGAAGGGCAGCGCGAAGACAAAGGCAAGGCGGUAAGCAAGAGGAGAGGGAAAGACAAGGGGGAAAAAUCUCCGAAAGGAAAGAGGGUCGUAGACGAAGUGGAGGGAACGGAAGGGAAGGAAAAGGGGGAAAAAGAGGGAGAGAGGAGAAGAGGAUCGCAAGAAUCAGAGGGGGAACAACGGAAAAAAGAGGAAGACACCGGAGGAAGUAUGCCGCGAGCAAGGACAACAGCGAGGAUGAGUACGGCAGGCGGAAGAGCCAGAGGUGUGCAGCUGCCGGAGGUACUGGAUCUAGAAGAGGCGCUGACAGGAGAAGUGCCGGUAGUCAAUACGGAAAGCAAAGGAAAAGAGGACUCAAGCGAGGAAGAGGGAGCACCCCUCACGAGAGCUCCUAGAAGAAACACCACCAACGAGUCACCGGGGACGGGGGAGGAAAAUGCACCGGGAAGGACGGAGAAAGAAGCCAGCGGGAAGGAAGCAGGGGUAGGGUCCCCGUCCGGGAUCAAGCGAAGGGUCAAAACGUGCUGCCCGCUGGACAAGGGCCCCCCGUGUUUCAAGGCAAUCCGGGAAGCCAACGUGCGUAAAAAGCAAGAAGCUAGACGUCUGGCAGAAGAGGAAGCAAAGCGGGUACUGGAAGAAGAAGCUGAAAGGGAAAAGGCUACCAAAGAAAGGCAGGAACAGGAAGCCAGACAAGAAAGACCGAUUGAAAUGGAACAAAUGGCGCGAAUAUAUGAAGAACCGGUCGGACAGGAAUUCAAUGGCAGAAUGAGGGAUGACAAGGGCAAGGGGAAGUGGGAAGAAGCGAGACAAUGGGAAGCAUCGUCAUCCAGAGGGAACCGGGAAGAGCUCACGCCAGAAGUGGUGAUAUCCCCGGACGGGAAACAAGAGCCGGGAACAGGGUACCCAAAGGUACUACCGCAGUACUCGAAAAUGUCUGUCUGCCCGGAUGCUCCCAUAGUCCCGUUUGGGCCACCACCCAUGAAGAUCGAGGAGAUAAUGCCACCAAGGAAGCCCAUGAGAAUGCCACAUGGGCCAGCAAGCGAUGUGCUAGAGGUUGACCCGGAAGAAUUCAUGGAGGAGUUAAACAAGCUGCAAGCCAGAUGA